CCACCCUACUAACAAGAUGACCUGGGUCGAAGUUUCGCGGCGCAAGAAAGAGUCCCUUCAUAGCCUGAUUCCACCACAAUGGAAAUUGUCCGCUACUGGAGACGCAGAUGCAGCUACGUGCCUUGAUGUGUCCAGCCUAGUAUUGUCUGAACUCAGCCUCAAUGAACGUUUGAUUACAGGAAGCAAUGUUGAACAGAUACUGAGGUCUAUCUCCGAGGGCGAAAUGACCUCGUAUGAGGUCAUCUCUGCCUUUUCUCAUCGCGCAGCAUUGGCUCAUCAAUUGACGAAUUGUCUAAGCGAAAUCAAUUUUGAGAGCGCUAGCAAACGUGCGCGAGAGUUGGAUGCUUACUGGCGAUUGCAUGGUCGUACAUACGGACCAUUGCACGGUCUUCCAAUAAGUGUCAUGGACAGAUACAGUAUCAGUGGACUUGAGAGCGCAUGUGGAUUCGUCAGUUGGCUAGGGAAUCCCAAAAACGCCGAAGACGAGGGUACCGUUGUUCGAAGAAUGCAGAGUCUUGGUGCUAUAGUGCUUUGCAAAACAAAUGUGCCGAUGAGCAUGAUGUUGGGCGAGACGACCAACAAUAUCGUGGGAUCGACAGUCAAUCCCUUCAAUAGGAACUACUCUGCUGGAGGUGCAUGUGGUGGUGAAGGCGCUUUGAUAGCGCUUAAGGGCUCGCCGCUGGGUCUGGCGACUGAUAUGGCCGGAUCGACUCGUAUCCCAUCUUCCUUUUGCGGACUCUACGGCAUGAAGCUCUCCGAAGAAAGAUUACCAACAGAUGGUAUAGAAAGUGUACUUCCAGGCUUACCUGUCGGCGCUGGUUCUGUCGGAAUGAUAUCCGCUGAUGUAAAGUCGCUACAACACGUCCUCAGGCUACUCUUGGAUUCGGCUCCUUGGAAUUCAUGUUCUGACGUCCUCGAAAUACCUUGGCGACAGGAAAAACUGGACGCCAUAAAGAAGCGAGCAUACAUACCAGAAAAAUUAAAUGGUAGGCUGGUAUUUGCUCUGAUGAAAGAUGACGGCCACUCGACGCCCGAUCUCCCGACCAAACAGGCACUUGCAACUGUGGAGCAGUCACUAAGACUAUGCGGCCACGAGGUCGUUGAUUGGAAGCCACCAUCACACAAGACUGCCACCGAGACACUUUUCAAAAUAUUUGGCUCUACUUCAGGCAAAUGUAUUCGUGAAGCAAUUGACGCUAGCGGAGAGCCACCAGUAGAUCAACUCAAGGAAUGGUAUAAUCAAGCGGAUACUGGCUCGCUACCUACUGAGGAAUUCUGGAAACUCUGCGAAGAGAUGCAAAUCUACAAGCGAUCUUACAUGGAAUAUUGGCUAUCAGCGAGUGCAGAAACCGUCUCUGGCAGAUCGAUAGAUGGAGUAAUUCUGCCUGUCUCACCUAACGCCGCCACCCGGGAAGGGACUGAUCGAUAUUUUGGUUACACUGCUGUGGCCAAUGCACUGGACCUUCCAUCGUGCACUUUUCCUGUCACGGGUAGGGGAUCCGUGCUUGAUGGUGAUUCAACCGAGUUCUCAGUCGAUCAUGCACAAGGGCUUCCUGUCGGACUUCAGGUGAUGUGUUGGAGACUACAGGAAGAGAAGGUUCUGGCGCUGGUGGAAGCCAUCGGGCAAUCCAUGGAUCAAACCUAUAAUCCCGGUGGCACUCAUACAGGAGAGUGGUUCAAUCACUCUCAAUAAAGCCGAGUUGGAGGAGUCAAUAAGCUUGCGAGUAAAUAUAAGAAAAUGAGCUGUUUAUUGCUUUCUACAUUGAGCAGCCCCUCUACUUCCUUCCGAGCCGAGACCUACAACUUCUGAGCAUGCCGAAGAUUCGGUCCUGCAUACUUAAACGGCAGCUGCCUGUCACCGAGCUCAUCUUCUAUGUCCAUCAAUCUGUUAUAUUUUGCAACACGUUCGCCACGACAGGGAGCACCGGACUUGAGAUGGCCAGUUCGGAGACCGACUGUUAGGUCGGCAAUGAAGUCAUCCGUAGUUUCA